ACAAGCUUCGCGUGUCUGCAAACCGUUCGCUUCAACCUUGUCUUAUUUUUCACGAUCACGUUUCUUAUACAGUUUCAGACCAGUUCCUAUUUGUUUUUCAUAAAAGUACUGAUAUCACCGAUAACAUUUUUCAUUAUGGAAACUGAACAGAAAAGCAUUCGCGCCUUAAAGUGUGAACAGAGCGUUUUGUCACGUGCAGAUGGUUCUGUUAUGUUUUCACAAGGGAAUACAGUUGUAAUGGCUUCAGUGUAUGGACCACUGGAAGCUAAAAUUCAAAAGGAACUGUCUGAUAGAAUGUAUGUUGAAGUGAACUAUAAGCCAAAAAUAGGAAUGCCAGGUGUUGCUGAACGUGGAAAGGAAAAACUUGUAAAAACUACAUGCAAUCAUAUUAUCUUGACAAACUUGCAUCCGAGAACAGCUGUUUGUAUAACUAUCCAAGAAAUGCAAGAUGGGGGAACUUUAUUGUCAGCAUCCAUCAAUGCGGUAUGCCUGGCCCUACUCGACUCAGGUCUUCCUUUGCAGUGUCUUGUAGCAGCAGUAACUUGUUUGGUGGAUAAAAAGGACAAAAUUGUUCUUGAUCCAUGUAUCCGCACAGUUAAAGAAGGCUAUAAAGCUAUGUUUACUUUUGCUUUUGACAGUCAAAAAUAUAACCUUAUUUUGAGCCAUUGUGAAGGCCAAGUUCCAUACACACUUUUUCAAGAAGCUAUGGAACUCUGCCAAAAAGCCAGUCACAUCAUCUUUGACUUUUACCGGCAAGCAGUACUACGAAAGUUCUCAAAAGAAUUGUUGUGAAACCUUCCAUAAAAUACACUUUUAACGGUU